ACCUUCGCGGCUCACACCUCUCACAGUAAGCAUAAUAUCUUUCUGUGUGUUUCGUGCUCUUCAAGCUUCAUUUCAAUGGCUUCAUCCCUUGCUCUCAGGUCACUUCUCUCCAAGUCUCUUCGCCCCAAUUUCCGUGCUCUAGCCACAGCUCCCUCGGUCUCUCGAUCCUUCAACACCAACGCCAUCCGCGAUUACGAUGAUGAUGAGCGUCGUCUCGAUGUUGAUCGCCUCUCUGAUCGCUCCUUCUCUCGAAGAGGCGAUUUUGCUCCGAGCUCCUUCUCAGAUGUGUUCGAUCCUUUUUCACCGACUCGGAGUCUGAGCCAGGUCCUGAACCUGAUGGACCAUUUCAUGGACAAUCCAUUCCUCUCGACAUCUCGAGGUAUGGGAACUGGAAUUCGGCGAUCAUGGGACGUGAAAGAAACCGACGACGCUUUGCAUCUGAGAGUGGACAUGCCUGGACUGAGUAAAGAGGACGUGAAGGUAAGCGUGGAGCAGAACACUCUGACCAUCCAAGGCGAGGAAAAGAACGAAACGGAGGACGAAGAGAGCCGGAGGAGAUACAGCAGCAGAAUUGAUUUGCCGGAGAAGCUGUACAAGACUGGUGAGAUCAAGGCUGAGAUGAACAAAGGUGUGCUGAAGAUUGUGGUGCCAAAGCUGAAGGAAGAGGAGAGGACUGACGUCAUCAAUGUCAAGGUUGAGUAGUGUCAAGUGCUUGUGCGCUUUCAGUAUCUUGGUGUCUGGGCUUGGUUUUAGCUUAGGGUCUUCGAGUCUUGCCGAGUCCUACUGAGUUUUGGGAACCGAGUAAAAGUUUCAUCGGGUUGUAGUGUUAAUAAUGAAAAUGUGAAAAUUCAAAUUCUCAAGAAAAUCUGACAACCAAAUUCUUGAUA